UGAUGCGGAAGAACGCUCUUCUGAAAUGAUGCUCCGUUUGUGGCUGUGUCUCGGUGGUGUGUUACUAGUGGCCAAGAUCACUUACGGUCAAUCUUCUGCCCCGCCCGACGAUGUCCUUGGUUGUCGUUUGGAAACGGGCGAAUUGGUUGAUUGGUAUUACCUGUACAAGCUGCCGAAGGAGUCUUCCGAGCGUGACUCCCCGACCAACGGGUUGCGGUACACGUUUGUAUCGUCGAAGGAUGUCGGUGGAAAGCACACCAAAGGAUCACCGCUACAAUGGCACACUGCCCAGUACAGCGUGAACCAGUCCGAAAGUGCACCCGGCCGCACGAUUACACCCUCCAUCCGGCAUCCGUCCACCGUCUUCACGAUCAUGUACAACGAUGAACCCGCGAACGCACCGGUCGACAUGGAGCGUGGCCACACGAAGGGUGUCGUCAGUACGGACGGUACCGCAGGCUAUUGGUUGAUUCACUCCGUCCCAAAAUUUCCACCGGCAAUUGGGGCCGAUUACGGCUACCCGCACACCGGCAUGAUGUACGGGCAAAGCUUCCUGUGCAUUUCGCUGAACGCAACGCAGAUGGAAACCGUUGCUAGGCAGCUGCUGUUCAACGAGGUGACGGUGUAUUCGAAGAGCGUUCCAGCGGCAUUGGCGGCCCGCUUUCCUACACUACAGCGUGCCGCCCAGAUGGCACCGGUCGAUAAGUCGCCACCGUUUUACAGCGCCCAGACGAUCCAAUCCCAGGCCGGUGUUGAGUUUGUGACGUUCGCGAAAAGUCGCCACUUUGGGAAGGAGCUGUACGCGGACUGGAUUGCGCCGGCACUGGAUGUGGGGUUGAUGGUGGAAAGCUGGCAACACGGCAGUGGCAAUCUGCCGAGUGACUGCUCAUCGGAUGGCGGACGGCGCAGGCAUAGUGUGCUGAAUGUGCGUGAAGUGUCUGUUGGGCGGGAGGAUCGGUUUUCCACGCUGAAAGAUCACUCGAAGUGGGCAGUAGGUGGUGCGGAUGGUGAUGGUGGAGUGAAGGAUGCGAAAGAAUGGAUUUGUGUCGGGGACAUUAACAGGCAGGAGCACCAGAAGCGGCGUGGUGGUGGCAGUGUAUGCCAGUCGUCGAAGCUGGUGGCCGAACUGUAUCGCGGCAUGAUCGAUGAGGUCGAACCGUGUCCGAAGGGAAAGAAACGAGUGUAGUACGUUGUGUAGGAGAAAUAUACGGAAGUGUUUUAAUAUGUAA